GAGUCCCGCCAGUCAGUCCGUCCCGCUGUUAGGGCCAGAGGAACUCGUACGCGUUGAAUCUCCAUGGCUGGCAAACCAAAAGAAGUGCCAGAGCUACCAACGCCCCCUGCGGCUUUCGACAACCACCAUAACAACGCCCUAGAAGACGCCGCGUUUAAGGAGCUGGACAGCAUCAGCCUCCGUGAAAUAUGGGAUCAAGAUUCGCGCCCAACGUUCCUCGUGGAUCUGGACCCCGACUAUGUUAUAGGCGAUAAAAAGGUGAUUCGGCCUAUCUUCUGCAACACGGCAUUGAGGCAGCAUGACCAACUGCUGGACAGUGUCACUGGCGCGACCGAGGACAUAGUGGCACCUGGUAGCGACGCGACGACGUACGCGGAUUUCCGAAUUUGGGCGACUGGUGUGAGCAGGUUCAACGAUUCAAAGGACGUCUUUCCUCUUACUCUGCAAUAUCGAAAUUUACUCUGGACUGGCUCGACUAUCCAACAUAGAUGGCGUAUCAUCUCUGGCAAUGCGCUUUUUCACACCUCGGAUAUUCCUAGAAAGACCUUGCGAUCUGUGCCUCUUACCAGGCCGAAACUAGAGAGACACAGCUCGAAAUCGCCAAAUGCUGCUCCACCAAGAGCCCAUGCUUUGGCAGUGGCGAUUCCUAAUGUACAGCAGUCCGAAACCCCUUCUGUUACCCCCAGCAGGAAUUCCAGCAAGUAUACUACUGGCGGCAGUUCAUCUGUGACGCUGGCAACACCUGAAAGCGCUGUUCCUGAUUGGACUGUUCCCAAUCCUGUUGGCGCUCUGCCAGAACAUAUCGCAUUUGCAAGGAGAGUGGACUGGGCAAGCACACCCUUGGGGCCUAUGCACAAAUGGUCGCUUCAAUUCCGCGAGGUUGUCAAUUUGCUGAUGCGCAAUCCACAUCCUGCCGCACUUUUCUGGGGCGAGGAAUUAACCAUGGUUUACAAUGAGGCCUACAAAACCGAAGUUGCUGGCAACAAGCAUCCUGAUCUGAUGGGUACUGGAUUUAGUGGGCCCUUCUCCGAAAUGUGGGACAGCGUCGGCCCUACCAUCCGCGAGUGUGCACGAACAGGCCAUAGUGUGCGAAGGGAGGAUGAUCCACUUCCAAUCGAGCGCUAUGGAUACCUUGAAGAGACCUUUUUCUCUUGGUCUUUUGUACCGAUAUUCGGGGGCACAGAUCGCAUACUGGGCUUUUACAAUGCUCCUUUCGAAACCACACAUCAGACAAUCAGUAGUAGGCGAAUGCAGAUGCUUCGGCAUCUCGGCGAGUGUCUGAAUGCGACACGAACAGUCAAGCAGUUCUGGAGACGGGUUCUUGAUGGCCUAGAGCAUAGUCAUUAUGACGUACCCUUUGCACUACUUUAUUCAAUAGUCGACGCCGACGACGCUGAUACAGUUUCUCAUUCUUCCGACAGUACUAUAUCCCUGAAGUCUUGUCUUUUGGAAGGCUCCAUUGGCAUACCCAAGGGCCAUCCCGCAUCACCACAGAAGCUUGACCUCAAACAAAGUCAAGAGGGCUUCAUUCCAGCAUUCAGGGAAGCCAUGCGUACUCGAGAACCAACUACGCUACAAACGAGAGACGGAACGUUGCCAGAGUUGUUACUAGAGGGUAUUGAAUGGAGAGGUUACGGCGACCCGUGCAAAGAAGCAAUUAUUUUUCCGGUUCGACCGACGAAUGGCGACAAUAUAUGCGCUUUUCUGCUAAUCGGCAUUAACCCACGUAGAGCUUACGACGAUGCAUACAAGACUUUCGCGGCUAUGCUCAACAGGCAGCUAGCUACUUCAUUGGCAUCGGUCCUCCUUUUCGAGGAUGAGAUCCGUCGCAAUAGAGAUGCGGCGGAACACGCAGCUUUGCAAAGAGAGCAAUUGUCCCACCAGUUGGAGCUUCAGAGCAGUCGCAUGCGACGAAUGACGGAACUUUCUCCUCUUGGCAUGUACUUGUUCGACCCAGAGGGCCGCUUGCUCGAGGCGAAUGAUCGAUAUUACGAGAUGACGGGCCAUCCCAGGGAGGUCGAAUUUGAACUAUCUUUCCUAACUACAGUAGCAGACGAGAGUGUUUCAGUUGCACGGGAUAUGUGGGAUGAAAUGAUGAGCACGUUCAAAGCGUCAACGCGUGAGAUACAGCUAAACAACCCAAAGGCUCAGCCUCGGGAUUUGAGCGGCGAGCCCAUUGAAUAUUGGGUUCUUGCAUCCUCGAUACCCGAGAUUGGCCUUGGAGGUGAGCUCGUCAGCAUAAUGGGCUCCAUUGCCGAUAUCUCGCAAAUCAAAUGGGCACAGGGGAUCCAGGAGAGAAGAAUACGAGAAGCGGAAGAAACUAAACGACAGCAGAACGAGUUCAUCGACAUCACCUCACAUGAGAUGCGCAACCCUCUCUCAGCUAUUCUCCUUUGCGCAGACGACAUCAGGGAUACCUUGACAGAGCACACUUUCCAUGGCGACGACCAAGAAGUAAUUACAGAGUGUGUCGAGGCCGCGAAUAACAUUGCUCUAUGUGUACAGCAUCAAAAGUCGAUUGUAGACGACAUUCUCACGGUCUCGAAACUCGAUUCAAACCUGCUGCUCAUCGCUCCUGUUCCAGCACAGCCGGUCGUAGUGGUCAAGCGCGCAAUCGCCAUGUUCAAGCCAGAGGUACAAGCCAAGGAUAUUCAGUUCAUCUUUGUGCCGCACGAAACUCUCCAUCAACUCGACAUUGACUGGAUUUUGCUGGACCCGAGUAGACUCCUCCAGAUCAUUAUCAACUUGAUCACCAAUGCAAUCAAAUUUACUGCAAACUCCUCCAAGCGCUCAAUAUCGGUCCACUUAAGUGCAUCGCUAGAUCAGCCCGACCUGUCUGCCAAGGGUUUCCAAUUUGUUCCAAGCAGGGGAGUACCGACCAAUAUCACAGAAGGAGAGGGCUGGGGCUCAGGACAACAAAUAUAUUUACGUAUUGAGGUCGAGGAUACCGGCUGCGGACUCACAGCGGAAGAGAAGGAGCUGCUGUUUGAGCGAUUUGCUCAAGCUUCGCCACGUACUCAUGCACACUAUGGCGGAAGCGGCCUCGGACUCUUCAUCUCAAGACAACUCGCCGAGCUCCAUGGCGGUCGAAUUGGCGUCUCUUCCGAAGCCGGCAUCGGCAGCACCUUCGGAUUCUUUCUCCAGUGCAAGCGCAUGAUCUCCGAAGACCGCCCACCCCUCCUUCACACCCACUCCCUGCCAUCUCAUACCCUCGAACACGCCGAGUCGUCCCGAAAACUUGUCGCCGCUGAGGUAUCUAGCAACGGUCUCAACGCGCCCGAGCUAGUGCCAUCACCCUCAGACCUCAAGAAGCUACACAUCCUUAUAGUGGAGGAUAAUCUCGUGAACCAAAAAGUACUGUCCAAACAACUUACAAAAUCCGGCUGUAUUGUCAGUACAGCAGACAACGGCCUGCUGGCUCUCGAUCACCUUGUCAAAACAUGCUACCACACUCCCUCUGGAAUCCCGCUGUCGGUAGUCCUCAUGGACCUUGAGAUGCCGGAGAUGGAUGGUCUGACAUGCUGCAAACGAAUAAGGGACAUGGAAAGGGAUGGCGCGCUGAUUGACCACGUCCCGAUCAUCGCGGUAACGGCAAAUGUCAGGGGGGAGCAGAUAGCGUCCGCGAAAGAAUCAGGCAUGGAUGACGUGGUUAGCAAGCCAUUUAGGAUUCCGGAAUUGCUUGCGAAGAUACGGGGGUUAUUGGAGAGAUUUGAUGAGACUUGAAGAAUUGAAGAGCGAUGAUAAUCAGCGAAAAGGACUUGGUCAAUAGUCAAAGGAUGAUAGACGGAGUUGUAUGCGCUUUGCAGGUGUUUUGAGCAUUUUUGAUAGACUUUGUAGCUUGGCAUACCCUUUGUUUACACUCGUUGAAGCGGCUCUUUGGGCGUUGGGUAAAUAAGAGGGCAAAUAAUACACUAUGUAGAUGUUAGAUAUAGAUUUCGCAUAUCUCCUUUAAAACACUC